AUGUGUAAAAAUGUUGCCAUAAUGCCAAUGAAAAAGAACGUGGAUUCAGCCAUGCAGAAGUCAUGCAAACCAGCCAUGCUGGGUCGCAUGUGGCAGGCGAGCCGGCGCUCUCUGAACCUCGACCAUGCGCCCGCGCACCAUUUCGCCUGCAGCCAAUGGCAGUCUAGUCCACAUCCCUCCACUACAUACCUAAUAUACAGAUGGCUACUAUUCAUCUCGGUGAUAUCGACUGGUAUUGCAAGCUUCGCGUGCCAACAUCUGCCGAGGCAGUAUGAUGGACCUAUCAGGGAGCUGAACUAUAUGAAGUGGUUCAUAUACUUCACCAACUGGGGCUACCUGCUCAUCACACUACAGUCAGCACUCGCCCUAGCCGUCGUAAUCAGAUAUAGAUCACAAAAAUGUAAUUCUACGUACGAAGAGGAUGAGAUCCCGAUUCCAUUGGGGCGGCGCGUGCGCACCCCGCUGCUGUGCCGCGCCUAUUGGCUGUCACAUAACAUCGCAACCGACCUCGCUUUCGUCAUCUCACUCGUUUACUGGACUCUGGUCCAUGACCCUAGAAUCCACGAGAUCAAUGCCAUCAACGUGCUCGUCCACGGUGGUAACUCGUUGGUGAUGGUGAUAGAACUGUUGGUGACGUCACACCCUGUGCGCGCUGCGCAUGCGCUGUACAGUGCCGGUGCGGGACUCGCGUAUGGUGUCUUCAGUGCCUUCUACUGGGCUGUGGGUGGUACUGACAGGAUUGGGUUGCCAGCCAUCUACCCAGUUUUGGAUUGGAAUAAGCCUGGAUCUGCAUUCGGGUUUGUAUCACUGUGUGCAGUGGUGAUGGUGUUUGCGCACGCGCUGGCGACAUGCGUGGCUGCAGUGCGCAUGCGCGUAGCACUCCGCCUGCGCGCACGCCCCCACGCCGAUCGUCUUGCACUCCCGACUCACUGA